UCCUCCAGUAAAAGUCGGUGUAACGCUGGAGGGACGAUAAACGGAGCUGUGCAGCAGAGCAGACCGACAACAUCCGGGCAAUAGGAAGCCUGCGCAGAGACGGAAUGGCGGAGGUGAGGAGGAAGCACCUGAGGAGCGCAGGAGCUGUGGCCUUGUGGAGACUGCAGCCAUGAAGGCCGUCAGCAGGAGAAGCAGGAGUCUUUCCAGGCCGUAGAGGACUUGGAGGAGAGCCAUCGACCCAUGAAGAUGGCAGCACAAUCCCACCCUGCCGGUGAGCUUCCUCUGGAGGAGCUGCUGGCGUUGUACGGUUACACCGUCUCAGACCCGGAGAAGGACACGUGUCUGAUGACGGCCAGGAUGCCCGAUCUGACGCGUGAGAAGAACAAGAGGGCUGCUGAGGUCUUCUGUGGGGAGGAGGACGAUCCAGCCGCUUACGACUGCAGCUCUUCAAACGCCUCAGAGCUGCUUCGCUGCCUCCAAGGCAGAGACAAAGUCGCAUCCAUCAACUCAUCAGAUGAGGACUCUGACGACGCUUCUGUUCCUUCCAACGAAGAGCACAAGGAGAUCAUGGUGGGCUCCAUGUAUCAAGCGAAAAUCCCUCCGCUGACCCCUCACCUUAACCAUGAGAAAGCGUACAGCGGUGAAGACCAGCUGCUCUGGACUCCGGAUUCUCUUCCCGCUCAGGACGUGGAGGAUUUCUUGCUGAAUGCACAAAGGCUUUGUGGCCAACAGGGGGCAGUGUGGACACAGGAAGCCACCAUCAAAGAUAAUGAACAGGCACUGUAUGAACUAGUAAAAUGCAAUUUUAAUGCAGAAGAGGCACUGAGACGAUUACGCUUCAACGUGAAAGUUUUCACAGAGGAGCUGUGUUCCUGGAGCGAAGAGGAAUGUAGAAACUUUGAGCAGGGUUACCGAGUUUACGGGAAGAACUUCCACCUUAUUCAAGCCAAUAAGGUACGAACUCGCUCCGUGGGCGAGUGUGUGGAGUAUUACUACAUGUGGAAGAAGUCUGAGCGGCACAUGUACUUCACCCAGCAGACCACCAGGCUGAGCCGGAAGAAGUUCAGUCUGCAGUCGGGGGGGACUGAGGACGGAGAUCCGGACGGGGAAGCUGGAGAUCUUGAUGGGAGCACCAACUCUUCGGGGUCGUUGACCCACGGUUCUGGUCAGCUGGAGACGCCGUUACCGCCACACUCCAACACGGACCUACACAAGCAGGACGGCGAGCUGCUGAUGAGCCUGUCGGAGCUCUGCGGCGGCGACUGUCCUCAGCUGUUCGACUGUCCCUUCUCGGGGUUCUCGGCCGACCCGAGGGAGCCCGGCCCGGACGGCCGCUGCGCCCCGGCUCCGGUCCAGACUCCGAACCCUCCGUGGACCCGUGGGACCUCCCCCUCCCCCCACGAGGACCACAGCCUGCAGAACUUCUACCAGCUGCACCUGCAGCGGGGGGCUUUCGCGCCCCAGGGGCUGGACUACGGUGACGGCGCCCCCCACAGGCUGCAGGUGGGAUUCAACCUGCCGGCCGCCCCGCCGUCCUCGCCGGCUGGUUUCUCCUCACACUUCCAGACUUUUGGGAGUGUCCUGUACCCUCUGCCUGUCCCGGAUUCACAGCCCCUCCUGCAGUGAGGAGGAUCUGAGAGGAGGACGGGAUCUGGUCAUCACUCGAGGAGAAAAGAGUUUUUUAACAGAAACUUUCAGACUUCAAAUGAUUUUUCAUCGAUUACAGAAGUAUAAAAUCACGGCUGCAUCCCGCCGCUCUGUUUUUGGAUCAGGAGAAUUUCAGACUCUAAAACCAAAUAUGAGUUUUGUCUGAUUUUAAGUUUCACUGCUGACGUUUCACUGAAAACGUAAAAUGAAUUUUUCAAAUGAAGAUGUGAACGUCGGCUCUUCUUUGAGGGUUUUUCUCUGAACCUCAAACUCGUUUGAGCCACAAAAGAGCAAAAAAGCGAAAUCGAAUUAAAGUAAAACGGCGAUUUAGAAAAAUCUGUUUUUGUUUUCCGACAUUCUUUACUUCUCCAUCUUUCCGUGGAGCUCCGCCGUCCGUCCUCUCCGUCCUCUCCGCGGGAAUUCUGCUUCUGCUCUGGAUUCUGGGAAACAUCGGGAAUGUUCCCGUCGUCGUUCUGUCAGGAUUCAAGCUGCAGAUCCACAAAAUGUCCCAUUCUGUGACUUUAGUCUAUUUAUUUACAUCCACCGACCUCCAGCUCAAACAUUUGUUGGAUUUUAUGCUCAUUGAUUCCGUAUUGUUUGUAUUUGUAAAUCAAACUCGAUUUUUAUGAAGUGAAGAAAGACUUUCCCCCAAAGAAACGACGUUCUUUCCCUCCAU